CUUUUACCUGUGUGCAUAUCAAUCAUACCAGGUAAACCUUACUGCCCCGCUGACAAUCACAUAACAAAGGGGCGGAUCCAUUCGCACCCUACUCACCCAAUUGGAUACAGGCCCGAUUUAUCUUCUCAGCGAUAGGUCUAUUCUCUCACCUGCAUCAGGAUAAAUAAUCUCACAUUUCAAGUUGAAUUUAACAGUUUUUCCCUCUCAGAAAAACAAGUUUUCUCCUUUUUUCACAAAACAACAUGGCCACCAGACCUACCAACCUCACUGUGGUCUCUCAGACCCCCGUAACCAGCUACAGAGCCUCUGCCACGCCAGCGCAACUCAGACGAUUGCAUCUUUGUAGGGUCCAACCUGCAUCUGCUAUCCCUUUGGAGGAGAGAAUCCCUCUCAACACCGGGGGAUUUUGGGGCUAUGCUUUCAGCCUCCCGGAGAGCCAAAUCUAUUUCUACCAGCUAAAAGCAGGUGAAAGUUUUGGCCCGCUGACACCACGGAUUGCUUUUAGCUCCUCUGAUUGGGCUGUUUUGACCCUCAUCGCGACCCCUGAAAUCCAGAAGAGCCUGCAGGAUACGAGCUCCCAGCAACCGCGAACAAGGGACCAAGAAACGCAGACGCCUCGUGUUUUCAAAGGGGCCCAUGCGUCUCCACCAUUCACCCAACAACACCGGCCUUUAAACGCGGUGAGAAAAACCGUGACAUAUGCGCAGUGGGAGACUAAGAGCACGCCGUUUUGCAGGUGGGUCUGUAAGGCCAGUCGUCAGACAGCAGAAAAUGCCGGCAAGGAUGAGUUCGUGCUGGAGCUUACGAACACCCACUCCGGUGUUUUCAACACAUUGCUUCGGAUUCCCAUUCAAGACUGGCUGAAGAUGGUGGGGGAAAAGAACGGCAGAAUUUUAGAGCUUUUUAAGCUAAGUACACGUACCUCUGAUGCUUUUAAAAACCGCAACGACCGUCUCCUCCACAUCGUCUGUAAAAACAGCCAUGAGUCACCACAGCUCUGGAACUCCCUCUGCUCUAACCCCAGCAUCCUUUCGGCCAGCAGCUGCUUCUACUCCAGCGCCCAGUCCCCAUCAGGCCUCAUCCUCUCCGGCCGCUAUGCUUGCAGAUUCGCCGCUCCUGCCUUCAUCACCUCAAGGCUGGAACUCGCCCAGCCACCCUGCUCUCGGAUGGCAGUCACCCGAACAGACCCCGGUAAACAACUCAGUCUCCGGUGUCUCGCUCUGGGCUUUGGGUGA